GUCCAACAUAUAUGUGCGUAUCACAUUUGAAGCGUAGAGUACACGUUCCUGCAGGCAGCUAUUCUGUAUUCGACUUGGACAUAAAGUUACGCGUGACGGAUGAUCGCGCGCCCGAACGCGACUGAAGCUUUGGCCACUUUACCUUUGACUCUCAUCAUCUCUGCACCGGCUAUUUUAUUGGACGUUAACUUCCCAGUCCAGCCCUUACUCUUUCAUUCACACCUGAAGUCCCAAUAUCGUGAAAUAAACCCUGUUGAUCAGAAUGCGACCUAUAGCACCCGAAGAGGAGGAUGACCUUGCUGCUGAGGAGGAGAACAAGCUCAUCAAUGAGGAAUACAAAAUAUGGAAGAAAAACGCGCCUUACCUCUACGAUGUUGUUAUCACACAUGCUCUGGACUGGCCAAGUUUGACUUGCCAAUGGUUUCCAGACAAAGAAUCACCACCCAACAAACCCUACACUGUCCACCGCCUUCUGCUCGGCACCCACACCUCCGGACAAGCCCAAGACUACCUCCAAAUAGCAACAGUACAACUUCCAAAACGCGACGACGGCCCCUCUGCAGACAAACUUGAUCGAGCGGACUAUGACGAUGAACGUGGGGAACUCGGUGGCCACACCAUUCCCACUCAGCCUCGCAUUCAGAUCACACAAAAGAUCAACCAUGAAGGGGAAGUCAACCGAGCGCGUUACAUGCCCCAGAAUCCCGAUUUAAUUGCUACGAAGGCUGUUUCUGGCGAAGUCCUCAUCUUCGAUCGGACAAAGCAUUCGAAUACUCCAGAUAGGGAUGGCGUAUGUAGACCAAAUAUCCGACUAGUAGGACAGACCAAGGAAGGGUUUGGCUUGUCGUGGAACCCUGUCAAGCAAGGACAUAUUCUCGGAGCGUCGGAAGACAUGACGGUAUGCCAUUGGGAUAUUUCAUCGUAUACCAAGGCCAAGACAUCAAUAGAACCCACGACUGUCUUCCGAGGGCACACGUCCGUUGUCGGGGAUGUCGACUGGCACCCUAGACACGAAAAUGUGCUUGCCAGCGUCGGAGAUGAUAAGAUGCUCAUGAUCUGGGAUACUCGAGCUCCUGCUGAGCCAACGUCUCGAAUUCAAGCACAUGAUAGAGAAAUCCUCGCUGUUGCCUACAGCCCUGCUGUAGACCACCUAUUACUCACCGGUAGUGCAGACAAGACCAUUAUCCUUCACGAUAUCCGUAGUCCACACAAGCGUCUACACGUAUUUGAGGGCCAUGAAGACGAGGUUCUUCAUGUCGCAUGGUCGCCACACAACCCUACUGUCUUCGCUUCUGCUUCUAGUGACAGAAGAAUCAACAUUUGGGAUUUGUCACAGAUCGGUGUAGAGCAGACUCCGGAUGAUCAGGAAGAUGGGCCUCCGGAGCUGUUGUUUGUUCACGGAGGUCACACUGCUCGGCCAACGGACUUCUGCUGGGCGCCAGGAAAGGGUGAAGACUGGACAGCUUCAAGCACCUCCGAAGACAAUAUUGUGAUGAUCUGGCAACCCACAAUGCGAAUCUGGGCUGGAGACGAAGUCAAGAUCGACGAGAAAGAACUGGAGCCUGAACCAAUGCAAGGCAUCGAAGUCACAGGCCCUGCGGAGGAGCCCGAUGUGGAGUUGAUAUCCGAAGCAGCUGGUUUCGUUUUGACUGGAACUAUUGUGCCAAACGCACCGGAGCAACAAGAGAAGACAUUGGAAGAACCACCUGAGGAGAUCGUUGGAUGAUCUUUGUAUUCCUGCUGUGUUAUAUGUUUAUGUUCAGUUUCUGAAUGAUGCAUAUGUUUCUUGAG